ACAAGGCCGGCAUGUUCGAUGGGCAUUGUCUGUCGAGAAAGACUCGCAGGCGAAGAACGCCAUCAAAAAUCAGGACGACUUUGCAAACUUUUUAGAUCGGGCACGGGUAGGAAAGGAGCGACGGAACAACGUCAAGCUACACAAACAUAGGUCGAAAGGUAUAAGCGAGGAGGCGAACGAGCGCUUCAAUGCCCACUACUCCGCAAUGACGCGUAAGGAUGCUACUCCCCCAACCCCCGCGUCACACGACCGACGAAGUAGUAUGGACGCUGCAAUUAAUCGAGCCGCAGACGUGCCAAAGUUACAGCUAAGUGAGAGAGCAUGCUCAGAACUACCUAGGCCGUCCGCGAACCCAAAUGUAGGGCAAUUGUCGUACGCGCAGGUUGCGGAUCCGACCCUUGCCCAGUCGCCGAACUCGGAACCCUCGAUGAGAGCUAUCAUCACACGUACGACAAGUAUCACAUCCAUCAAAUACAAUCCCUCAAUCGAGUACCUCACCGCGCCGUUCAGCACGGGCCACUUUGUCCCGUCCGAAGGGUUCUUUACCGAUGACGAGGGCUCGCACGAGGGCUGUGUGCAGUCCCAAAGUUUUGGGACCAGGACAGUACACAUGGGCGUUCAGGAUUCAUUAAUGGGUUUAAACUCGCACGAGGGGGACGAUGCUUGUGUGGAUCGCGCUGUCGGCAAGGACAGUAGUCGAAGUCAUAGACAUAGCAACAGUGUGAAACCACGAGGCGUGACGGAUUCCAGCAUGUCGAUGCAGCGCAUAUCCAGCUACACGUUUGGCAAGGAAGGCGAUGAGAAGUACAGCAUGGAAUCGCACGACGACUACGGGAAACCCGGCACGAGCUCGGGUACUUGGAACGGGACCACAGGCAUGCGCACCAAUAGCUUCAGAAACGCGGUCCAGGCCCAGGCUGUGAAGUCUGAGUACCUGUCCGUAGCCAACCGAGAGGUCACACCCGGCCCUAUGCCCAAGAGAAAGGGCCGCUUUUCGGUGACGCCCAAGCUGGAUCUGCCCAGAUCCCCGCCGCUCUCGCCCAGACGGACACUGAGUGAGCAGGCCACGUCAAUGGCCAAAAACAGCAACAGUACGGGCACCAUGACCAUCAGAGCUCGUCCCGGGAGCGCCAGGAAGUUCAAGGUCAGUCCGGUGGUUGCCAAGGAUACCACACAGUGUGCGGGCGGUACGAAGAAACUAGGAUUCCCAGUAAUGCCGGAUAUGAACCGCGCGCAUACGUCGCAAACGCCGACGCGUAUGACGCUGAGCAAAACGCUGGACGCGGAACUGGGCGUCGCAAAUGGCGUGGACGGCGCAGAUAGCGGGGAUAGGAUCGUACAAGUACCACAAGUACAACGGAAUACACAUGCACUGCCUGUACGCCCGGCUCUGAACUCCCAUGCAUCUGCAUUGGAUGACGCGUUUAAUCGCCCGAGCCCGACCCAGAAUCAGAACCAGAACCAGAACGACCGGGUUUCUACCAGAACCCUAGCCAAGAACACGGGUUUGGAAUCCACUUCGCCUACACAACGGGGUGCGGCGAAGCGACCGCCGUCACCGCUGCGGCUGAAGGUGUCCGCAGAAUACGACUACAACGAUAUACACAGCCCUCAGACACCCUCAGACAUUCACAUGAACAAGACCACCGACAGCCGGCAAGACCCAUCCAUUACGCCGCGGAUACUAGAGCACGCUCCGAGCACCGAAAACGUGACCAUCGACGUGACCAAAUCCCUUAAUACAACGCUGUCACCUCGGCUGUGGGACGGGCGGGAGAUCCCGGUCGAACAGGACAAGAGCCCUUCGAGGAAGACCAAGUCCCACUCGCGCCGACAUAGCACGGGAAAGGCAUUCAAAGGACUGGUAAAGCUGGCCAGGAGCGCGUCGGCUUACACCGGGGUAGGCAGCAGCGGGAAUAUGACUACCGGAAGCCCCCACACAGCCAAACGCACGAACAGUGAUCUCGACAAUACCACGGUACAGGUACCGGAGGGUAGCAUAAAUGGCACGGGCCAAUGGGAAUCCAAGGAUGUUAAAAGUACGCGGGAGACGGACUGGCGGCGGCGGUCGAGUGGGACCGAUGUGUUUGAGUCCAAGGCGACACUUCGGAAACAACCCGUGAGAAGAACAAGCGAAAGGGACAAGGAUCGUUCAUGGGGACGUUCGUAUCAACAAAUCUUUUCUCCUUCAAAGUGGGGCAAAUCCGGCUGGGGUAGCCUGCAGAAUGUCAAUCCGGCGGAUAAAGACAGCGCGCAGUCACGCACCGAUUCUAUAAAUAGAAAGGACAGUCAUAGCGAUGAGGAAGGGGAAGCGGCAGCGGAAGCGGGGGAGGCCACGGAAGGCAGUGAGGGCAACGCAAACGCACGGGACUCAAUGGAGGCGGUCUUGUUACCACCAGAACAACCCACACCAGGUACACCGUCGGGGUUGUCGGUAGGCAGGCGAAAUAGCGAUCUGCAUCUGGCCACAACACCGAAGCACACGCGUGUGCCGGUGAAGGGAUUGAUGCGCUCGGACAGUGACUCUGGCGUGCUCGGCGCGAGUCGGUUAGACGUUUCGAGAGAUAUCAGUGAAGAAUCGACCACAGACACUGACACCAGUCUUCCGAGAAAUACGAAGUGGAGGUUGAUUCAAACACGGCUGCGGGCCUUUAAAGGGUCUAGCUCAACUUCAUUCAGGGCACAGGUUGACCGUAACAAUAGCACGAAUUCAUCUGUAGAUAAGAUUCACUCGCUACCGAACCGUACGAUGGUAUAUCCACUGGAAAGCCGUGGUACGAAAAUUCCAACAGAGAUGCGGCAUUCGCGGGAGAGAUCGAAGGAUGGAGAUAAGGGGCACAAGGAUGAUAACUAUGCAUCCGAUAACAGGAUGAGUAAGCUGUUUAGGUCCAAAUCAUCAUCGAAUAGUACGAAGGAGGGAGAAGUGCAGGAGAAUGGAAGAGACCGAGGAGCUCAGGAUGAGAAACAGAAGAAUUCAUAGCGCAGUCUAACAUAUAGCACGUUGCUACAUGCAUUAUAAUUUAUAUAUAUAUAUAUACCUAUAUAUAUUUUAUAUGUAUAUGUAUAUGCAUAUGUAUAUACUUAACAAUACGUAGCCUCGGUGCGAAAAAUGGGCGCGGGGGAGUGGUGCUGGACACUAAUAAUAAGAUACACAGACUAGUAACCUGACAGGUUAGAUCAUAAUUUAAAAGCACGUUGAAUUGCGCAGAUGUCUGCGCCGGCGAUGCUUGUCUAUAAGAUAAACAGAUUUUGAGUAUG